UCAAUUUAUCGAGAAUACUUUUCAAGUCUAUUUGCACACAUGAUCAUCAACAAUAUGUUCCCACUUUCAUUAUUCCAAUCGGAAUUUGAUAAAUUGUUGGAAUUACCAAAAAACCUUUUCAUUGAUUUACCUGUAUUCUGGACUUACCUUGCUGAAAUACUAAAACCAUUAGUAAUUCGUCGUGCUCAUCCAUUGAAUGAAUUAGUACGUACAACAUCAGUACUAAAAAAUAUUGGCUUAGUUGGUAAACUUGUUGGUGAACUGCUGAAGUUAUUAGCAGAAGCUAAAGGUCCAGCAUUACUAGUUUUCGAAUGGAAUGCAAGUGGUAUUAAAUGGACUGAUUUAAUUGAUACAUCACUUGAAAAUCCAGAUGAUAUUGUUGAACAAUAUAAUUUACAAUUUUUAACAAAUGAUGCAAAAGAAAAUAUCGAAUUGGCAUAUGAACAAAGAGGGCCAUGA